UCACCACAGUGCCGCUGUUGUGUCAUAAAGGGCUGUGUAUUCAAAGAUUAUAGCGUGUCAAGAUAGUACCCGUCAACCCUAUGACCCUGUGCAGUGCGGAGCAGACACGAGUCCUUCCGGUCGAAAACGGAAGUUCAAAGGAGUGAAGCCUCUUGCGUCAAACUCACGACAACAGCGAUGGCCGCCUCCUGCUCGUUGGUGUGCUGCGGAGAGGAAAGAGAUUCCGACAAGGCUGUUAUUGUCCGCUUUUCAAACGGCAACGUCAAACAUGCAGACCAGCUGGACUUCACCAUGUACAAGAACGCAGACGAGAGUAACCCCAGGAAGAAGAGCAGGCGGAUCAUGGCUGCUGAAUCAGACAGACUGGCCUACGUUGGGAACAACUUUGGAGCGGGCUCCUUGAAAUGCAACAACCUUUGCAAAUAUUACGUGGGAGUGCUAAACAGGCAGACCAUGCAAAUGGAGGUGCACGUGGCCCAGCUCUUCAACAUGCAGCCUGUCAUACCAGGAGAGGCAACGGAGACCCCCACAGCCCAGGACACGACCCAGACGUACAGAGACAAGGUUGAUUCUUUGAUCGAGGCGUUCGGCACCAACAAGCAGAAGAGAGCCCUGAACACCCGCAGGCUGAAUCAGGUGGGCAGUGACACACUGCAUCAAGCGGUGGCCAAGGCUGCCAACACCGUGAUCCACCAGAAGGGUCUUGAAGCUCUCCAACAGGAAGUUGCUGAGACGGAGGCCCAGGACGACUUGGCUCUCCACCUGCCGCCCUGCAACGCAGGCGCCGACAAACCUGAGAACGUCUACCUAUUUGACGACCUCCUGAGUCCGAUGGAGUUGGGGGCUUUGGAGCAGGCUGGCUCCAAGUUGGCUGCACUCACCUUCGAGGAGAUCCACAAGAUGAGAGAUGACGGAGGGUCCUUGUGUGUGGUGAAGUACCUGGAGAACAUGCCGACUGUGGGUGAAGCCAGAGAUAAAGUGUCGUGCUGCGCCUUUUACUUGUGGAUGCUCCUCAAGAUGGCGCGGCAGAAGAACGUCACCCGCAAGUUUGGGCAGGAGGAAGGCUGCCCUCGCAUCAUUCAGAGCAAGCUGCUCAGAACGUUCACCGUGGAGACCUUCAACAACGGCAGGGUCCAGAACAUGGUGUCAUCAUCAAUGCGUGCCAAAUUAGCGGCAUACUCCCUGGCCCUGAUGCUUCACAUGAGUCACAUGACUGGCGACCUCACGUUACUGCACCGCGACCUGGGAAUCACUGAGGCCAGGAUGAAUGAAGUAGCAAAGUCAAUGGGACUGACUCUGAGUAAAAUGCCCCGGGGGAAGGCCGACAAGUCCGACCCGCGAGACACAAACCGGCAGGCCUCUCUGGUUCUACCUCUGGUCAAAUACGAACAGUUCACGGAGAGGCGGAAACGAAAGAAAAUGCACUGAGGGUCAAGACA